UCUCUCGCUGCGCAACGAGCUCCACCUGGUAUAAAUGAGGCCGUGCUAUCGCUCGCCGUCAGUGUGACGAUGGCGCUGAACGUGAUAACAGUGGCUACGUGUGUGAUCGUGGGAGCUGCGGCGGCGACCAGUGACGCCACAGAUGCCGGAGACAUUCUGCAACACGAAGCGGAUGACGUCGGUAUUGCCGGAGAUGCAUUUGAACUUGGACUUCCACCAGAACCGCACGAGGGCGGGCAUUUCCUCGAUGACCCUUUCGACACCUUGCUGGCCGUGAAGGCGGCCGAUGGUUCGUCACACCUCCGUCUGACUGAUGACGAGUUCCUCAUCGAACCAGUGCUCAGCUCUGACGGCACGCCGCCGAUACAAGAAAAUGUCGUGGACGGGCCUCUGCUGGAUGUGCUUCUGACCGUGAACGGACUGGACCACGCUCUGCUCGCCCUGAAUCGGAUGGACGCCUCGCUGCUGGGAUUCGCCGACGGAGAGCCGGAAAGGUGCAACAUCCAAAACUGUCGAAAAACGUGUAUCCUGCACAACUGCCCCGGCGGAUACUGCGACAAGCUCAGGCGGUGUCGCUGCUUCGCUGUGGCGGGUCGGGGCACUUGAAAAACGGUGCCGCGAGUUGCAGAACGUAAACACGAGUUCACUCGUUAUCUCUAAGAUAAGACGGUUCAUGUGCUCUACUUUCUUAAGGUUGUUCAAGAAUCUCUACCAAGACUGUUUUUGUAUUCCCUUGUGAUUAAAGGUAUUCUUUAUUUGUUCUUA